AUGAAGGAAAUCGACUCUGCAGUAUCUGUGGUGCCUUUGUGCACAGGAUCAUCGAAAUUAUCUUAUGAUGGCACAACGGUGUUUUGUGUAGUACAUGGCCCUCUGGAUGGUACUCAAAGGAACAGCGAUCCUUCAAAAGCAGCACUCGAUGUUAGAUGGAAAGACCCUGUGGUUAUCAAUGGAAGAAUAUAUGACAAGUACUUCUCUAGUGUUGUGACGAAUAUUUUGUCGAAGUAUAUUAUUCUUGAAUUGGAUGGUGGGAAAACAAUCCAAAUAGUAUUGAAUGUAGCAGGAAGUAUAAGGAACACGUUGUUUUGUGCUGUGAAUGCUGCUUUAUUGGCAUUGGUAGACUCUGGCAUUCCUUUGAGAACGAUGUUUUAUGCAAGUAGUUCAUUUGGCUAUGAAGAGGAGGUUUUUGUAUUUGAUGCCGAUGGAAAGAUGUCAUUUGGACACUCAUUUGGACCAAUAGAGGAUUCCUGCAUCAAUACUGCUGCCGAAUUUCUUCAAUAUGUCAAAGAUGUCCAGGCAUUUGCAUUGAAACCAAAGCUUUUGUUGAUUGAUUAA